AUGCUAGAUUCUACAACUUCCUAUGUCUCUGACUCCACACUUGAGGAUGUUCCUCACUUGUCUGAUUACAUCCCUGAUCUUCCUACAUAUCCAGACCCAUUGCAAGAUAAUCCUUCUUAUGCAGUUGUCAAACAGUAUUAUGUACAUUCAGAUGAUACCGUUGCGCAGCAGAUAGUUGUUCAUAAAAAUAGUCCAAGAGGGACCCUUUUUCGACGCGCUGGACCUGCUCAGAAGGUAUAUUUUGAUUCAAACGAUGUGCGUGCUUGUAUUGUUACAUGUGGUGGUCUUUGUCCGGGAUUAAAUACAGUGAUAAGAGAAUUAGUUUGUGGAUUAUACCAUAUGUAUGGAGUGCACAAAGUUUUGGGAAUAGAGGGUGGAUAUAGAGGCUUUUACUCUAGAAAUACAAUUCCUUUAACGCCGAAGAUUGUCAAUGAUAUCCACAAACGCGGUGGAACCAUUUUGAAGACAUCGUAUGGAGGACAUGAUACUUCAAAGAUUGUUGACAGUAUUCAGGAUCGAGGCAUUAAUCAGGUUUAUAUACUUGGAGGAUUCGGAACUCAAAAUGAAGCAGCUUUGAUUUUUGAGGAAAUUAGAAGGCGGGGAUUGAAAGUUGCAGUGGUUGGAAUUCCGAAAACUAUUGAUAAUGAUAUCCCUGUAAUUGACAAGUCAAUUGGUUUUGACACUGCUGUUGAAGAGGCACAAAGAGCUAUUAAUUCUGCUCAUGUUGAAGCAGAAAGUGCUGAAAAUGGUAUCGGUGUUGUGAAGUUAAUGGGGCGUUGCAGUGGAUUUAUAGCCAUGUAUGCAACUCUUGCAAGCCGAGAUGUAGACUGUUGUUUGAUUCCAGAAUCACCCUUUUACCUUGAGGGACCAGGUGGAGUACUGGAGUUCAUUGAGAGGAGAUUGAGAGAACAAGGACACAUGGUUAUAGUAAUAGCUGAAGGUGCAGGUCAGGAGCUAAUUCUUCCUAGUGACAAAUCUAAUAAGAAUAGGCCAGAUGCUGCUUCAGAUGACUUGUUUCAUGAUGUUGGUCUUUGGUUAUCUCUGAAAAUUAAGGAUCACUUUGCAAGAAAUAAGAAGAUGACUAUAAAUCUGAAGUACAUUGAUCCUACUUACAUGAUCCGUGCUAUUCCAAGUAAUGCAUCUGAUAAUGUGUUUUGCACCUUACUUGCUCAAAGUGCCGUUCAUGGUGCAAUGGCUGGAUACACAGGCUUCACAGUUGGUCCAGUUAAUGGCAGAAAUUGUUACAUUCCAUUUCAUCUUAUAAACGAGGGGCAGAAGAGAGUCGUGAUAACAGACCGGAUGUGGGCAAGGUUGCUGUCCUCGACCCAUCAGCCCAGUUUUGUGAAUCCUCAACAUAACACAGAAGAAGCAAAAGCAGAAUGA